AUGAUCCACCUGACACCUUUUCUUCUUCUUUUUCUCUCCCUCUUUCUAACAGUGAGCCUAACAGCAGCUUCAACAAUUGUGCCGCGAACCUCCUCAGAGCUUGAGACUGCUGAUACGGAGGCAACGAACAUGCACAAAGACUUUUUCAAUCUUCUCAAUGGUCCCCUCAUACCAGCAGCUUUCAUGAAGUCUCGCGGUGCUAGAAACAAGCUUCGUUGUAACAAGGCUUCGCCCUAUGUAGAUAUGGAUAGCGAAGUUUUCGUUGAAGAGCUUCCGAGUCCACAGAUCGAGAGCGAAAUUAGGGAAAUUAUAAACACUUUUGUUGAGACGCUAAAGCAUGAUAAGUCCUGGUUCGUCUCUCUUCUCUUUCAAAUACGCAAGGAACAAAAGCGGAGGGAGUCCGAGGCCUGUAGUGAGGCAGAGUGUAUCUACAAGAUUCCCUGUUACCUGUCUCAAAGCUUUCUCUCAUUGUCAAUGUACAGCGAGAUGCUAAAACGGGCGCGAGUAAAGGAGGGCUUCGACCUACUCAGUCGACGACGGCGCAGCCUCGAUGGACUUGAAGCAGAGGCAGAGUAUAGCUCCUUGGUGUCGGGCGGCAAGGCACCAGUCACCAACUGCACGGGAAUCUUUGCCAAUUACUGCUACAAUUCCAUCUCCUGCAUCUACGUCAGUGUCCUGGAGAGCGCAGCGUGUUCGUGUAUGCCGGGCUACACAGGUCUGCGUUGUGACCUCUACGACCUUUCUAUAACCCUAGCCACCCUGUCCCAGUUCCGCACCACCACGGUUGACAUCGAGGUCCUUCGGCCUGAAGAUUCUGCCACCAUGUACAGCGUUCUGGACGCCACUGCGUAA